GACUUGUAAAAACAAAAUGGCAGUCGCGCUGAUUAGAGGAGGGUCGUGUGUUUUAAAUUUACCCAAUGACUACACCAUGUAAACACAAAAAAGAUAAUUAGGGCCAUCAGGACAUUUUUGUAAGCUUAAAGUGAAGAUGGCGCACGUUACUGUGGACUGGAUCCCCCUUGGAAAGGUGUAUUACAGGUGAGGUUUUUUCCAAUUGUAUACUUUCGAGCUCUCUUUAAUCAUUUCGAUUCUUGACCCUACGAUUUUUAGGCGUAACGGAUAUAUUUUUGUGGUACGUAAAAUAAUAGCAAAAAAUGGCUUAUUUCAAUGGGAAACCUCAUGAAACGAAAUAUAACGGAAUGAUAAUUGUACGAUCUCAGAGAGGGGUGGGGGGGGGGAUCCUGCGUACGCUUCACGCAUAUCAAAAAGUAGAAACAACGCAUCUCGAAAAAUCGCAGUAACAAUUUUAAGGUUCAUGUAUGGAAAGAAAUCGAAAAAUUCACUGAUCAUAGGGUUUUGAUUUGGUAUUUUCACAGGUCAAGAAAAUUAAAAACUCUCAAAUUUCGCACAACAGAAAAACCUCUUUCACUCCCCUCUUCACUUUACUUUCCCUAGGGUGCUGACAAGGAGAAUUUGUAUUUGACACCAGUUACAUGAAGAUUAAAAAUUAUGUUUCCUUUAUUUUGUUGUCUGUAGAAAAAUUGAGUUAUAUAGCAUGGCCUGGCAAGAAGCUGUGGAUCUUUCUAAGUUUACAAUAAGUGCCGCUCCAUUUGGGGGUCCAAUAGGUAGGUAAAAAUUUCUUUCAUUUAAUGGUUAUUUCUAAUAAUUCCUUGCUUAGUUUCCUUCUGUCAUUUCUCUGAUGAUGGCCAAUUACUUGUCUGGUAUAUAAGAUCAUUUUUAUCUGAGGGGUGACAGGCUGACCAAGUUUAGUGUAAAUUUUACUCUGUGUGAGUGUAAGACAUAGUAGCCUAAUGGUCAGUGGGCUGGACUGCAGGUUAAAAGGUCUAGGGGCCUGUUUUUCAAUGGUCCCAAUAACUUGAUGGAUCCACAAAGCUAUUCUAAUUUUUGGUCCAUAUGGGGGUUCCAAAGGUUUUUAAAUCAGUGCAAAAAACUAUCAGUUAAAGAAACAAAAGGGACUAGUAAAGGUGCCGGGAACUGUCUCUCCAUUCUUUAACUUUCAAUUUUGAUUUACGGUUUUGGCCUGUUAAGUUAUGAGGACUUUCACAAAAUGGGCCUCAGGUAAGAGACCUGGCCAGGUCAUUGUGGUGUAUUCUUUAAGGCAAAACACUCUACUUCCACAGUGUCUCUCUUGCCUUGGAGCUUAAAAAGGUACAGGUAAAUUUUCAGGGAAGCCUGAUGAAGUGCUGGGGGGAUAACCUUGUGAUGGACUGACAUCCCACCAGAAAUGGGGGCGUGGGGAGUAGUAAUGCUCCUUGUCACUUAAGCCAUGGAAACCAGGUUAAGCUCUGGCUGGAUGGGUCACUUGGCUGAAGAACAGACUUAACCCUUUAACUCUCAUGAUCGCAUUAGUAAUUCUCCUUACUCUCUGCCAAAUGAUUCUCAUUAUGUUAGUUUGGAGAAUUUGGUAUCGGAUCAAUUAGUAAUCCCAUAAUUGAUAUUUUUCUGUAUUCUCAUCACUUGUCUGCAUGAUAUCGUACAGAUAUAGUAAGGAGAAAUUCUGUCUUGGUCACUCAUGGGAGUUAAGGGUUAACAUACCCUCUUUCCUAUAUGUACUCGGCUCACUUGCUCGCCAGUUAUCUUUUACAGUACUGAAGAUCUCAGUGUCUAUCUUGAUUCCAAACAAGGGAAUGAUCACAGGCUAAGUUAAAAGUAAAAUGAAGAAUUUCAUGAAGAGGGAACCCAGUACUAAUUUUCAUGUUGCAUUAAACACUUGCAGCUCUGGUGAGAGAUGAAAAACAUUUUGUACGGGUCCAUGGAUCAUCUAUUAACAAGCCAGUUAUUCUUAUUUUUUCCUCUGCUGGAAAGGAACUUGCCUCUGUCAAGGUAACCUCACCUUAAGUUUGUAUCUAGUUAUGAUUUAAAUUGAUUACUUACAUCACCAUUUAAGUCAUUUAAAAACUACUCUUCUCCAUUUAAAGCUCCAAAGCAUAACAGUGCCACCAAAUUCAGUAACAUAAUUUUUUUCUUCUGUGGAAAAACUGCUUCAAAUUGUAAUUCUUAUAACAUUAACCCCUCAACUCUCAAGAUCUGUUAUUAUUAGUAAUAUUGACAAUAACUAAUUCUAAUUCUUCCAUCUAGCUGUUACAAAUUUCCUUGAAAAUUAGUUUAGAGAAUUUGGCAUUGGAUCAAAGAAACUCCUCCCUAAUAAGUUUGAAUAUUAUCAUAACCUGUUUGCUGGACAAUGUGUAUAGUAUUAAAAUGGGAAGUAACACGUUAAUUUUUUCCGAGAUUGAAAGAGUUAACCCUUUGACUCCCAGAUUAAAUUUGUAAUUUUCCUUACUGUCAACUAUACAAUUCUUAUAAUGUUAAUUCAAAGAAUUUAAUAUUGGAUCAGCUAAUUAUCCCUAACUUGAUAUAUUUCUUUAUUCUCAUCACUUAUGUGGUUGAUAUUGUAUUGAUAUUGUAAGGAGAAAUUCUGUCUUGGUCACUUCUGAGAUUGAAAGAGUUUAAGAAGUUUCCUUCCUUACCUGAGCUUGCUAGGGUAAAGAGGGAAACUUCUGACAAAUCUGAUAGAUUAGACUCCUUCUGACCCAUUGUUAGUAUAAUUUAUACGUGGAAACAUUUUUGUUUGCUAGUUUAAAGGCAAGAAUCUUUGAACUAGUUUACAGUAACUUAAAGAAUUUUUCCUUUUUCCCUUUAUUUUAUAAAAAUGCAUGGCUUUUAUUAACAAGGUUGAAAGUAGGAAUGUCGUUUGGGUUAAUUAAAGAGUCCCGGCUCUUUUUUACAUAUGUUGUGGUUAAUAAGAGAUGUGUCUGUAAAGAAAAGUUUUUAUGCAAUAAGUUUUUUCCUUUUUCUCAAAGCUGAUGUAUUAUCUUCAUGAUCUUGUGUUUUAUUCUCCUUAGUGGGAUGCAGGCUCAAUUGUUCAGAUGGGUUGGUCUGUUACUGAAGAACUUCUGUGUGUAGCUGAUGAUGGCACUGUCUUGGUUUAUGACAUUCAUGGUGCCAUCAAGAAAACUUUAACCAUGGGACAGGUUGGAAAUAUGAAAAUGAUUUUUGUCUCAACAACAGUGGUGUACAUUUUUAGUAUACAGUGUACAUAUAGUAUUACAUGUACCUUUCACGACCACUUUAAAUAAUUUCUUUAAAUCCAUGGGCCUUUUGUUUUAAGAAUCUUGAAAUCUGGUUUUUAUGUGUAUAUUUUUUUUAAAAAAAUUUGGAAUGACUAAAUUUCCUUACUGAUUCUUAGGAUAUCAGAAUUCACCUUACUAAAUAGCUUACAGUACUGUCUUUUUCUUAGGAUGCCAAGGAAUCAAAGGUUAUUGAUUGUAAAAUUUAUAGCUUUGCUGGACGGACAGGUAUAGCAGUACUGACUGGUAGCUACCACUUUUACGUGGCCAACAAUGUGGAAGAGGUACGAAGUCGACGGUUUUUUGACCCCCCAGGUAAUAAAUUUUACCUAUCAUAUUACUGCCAUUUGAGUGUGUAAUUGUGCAAACUUAUCAUCCAGGACCAGGUUGUUCAAAGUUGGGUUAAGAUAACCUAGGGUUAGUGUGAAAUCUGAUUUCAGAUUUGGAAGCUUUACAAGAAAAUUCAGUACCAUUCCUUUUGACCACAGUUUGAUGAUUGGAUGUCCUAAAAGAAACAGAGAAAUUAUCUGAAAAAGACUUUCGAUCAAAGGAAAAAAGAAAUCCAGAUUGAAAUAUAACACUAGCUUAGCACUAAUUAGACUCAAACAACUGGGCACUGCCUUGUCAAUAGGCGGGUACCCUGUAAAGAGUCGGAAGCCCAAACCUCUAUGGAGGUCUGAGGGCAUGCUCCUCUAGGAAAUUUUUAAACGUAAGUCUCCCAGAAGCACAUUUUCCUGCAGUCUGGAAAAGGAAUCUUCUUUCAAUGACACAUACUUAUUCUAAUUAUAGUAAAAAGAAAUGAUACUCUGGGAGAAUUUGCUUAUUUCACUACACAGCUAUAACUACAUCAAAACACUGCUGUUGUUCUCAGAGCCUCCUUUUUUCUUACAGUUACAAGCUAACUCAAACUUAUAAACUGAUGAAAAGUGAAACUGAUCAAUUUUCUGCACCAAUACAGGCUGAAGCAGAUUUUCACAUUUGAAAUUUUUGAUAUAUUAAUGCUUUUGAAUGCAUUUCCUGGCUUUAUCCUGAAUGAAAAUUAAAUUGGAAAAAAGUUUUUUCCAGUUUCCUUCACUUGCUCAGAAUAUUUAAGCUUUGAAAGCCAACAAAAUGUUGGCUUAUUGAGACACGCAUGUCAGCUGAUGAGCAUCUUUUAUGGCAACAUUGGUCUCUUGUAGUGUAUUUCAUAAGUGUUUUAUGAACAGUUUAAAUAAUUGAAAGCACAGAAAGGAUAUGUAAUUUAUAAAAAACCAUUUCACUGAAUGUAAUCUUAUUAAAAACUAAUUAAUUUUUAUUGCUCUUGACCUUUCAUAUGCAAAUGAUGCUUGUGUGUUUCGCUCCAAUGAAUGUGUAAUAUUAAUGUAAGUGUAAAAAUGCUCAAAACUAGCCUUUUGACUUCUUCUAUGUAAAUGACAAAAAAGAAUUCAGGACUUGAGUUUUUCUUUUGCUUGCUAUGCUGACACAAAGGAACGCAUUUGCUUUUAAUCAUGUCGCACCUCACAUGCCAGAGUUAUAUAAAAGCUAAUCAGGCACUUUAAGAUGAUAAGAAUGCAAUUAUCAUGCAGCACCUUCUAUUCAAAGUAAAUUUUCUUUCCACAAUCUGAUGGCAAGUUAUUGAAAACUUUGAGUAGAAAAAAAUUUAAACUUAGAGGCAAGAGUUAAUAUUUUGUCGAGGUUGAUAUUAUUUCUUGAUGAUUUUUUUUUCAAUUUCGUACUUUAAGUAGCUGGGUACUCUGUUCAUAGUAGACAGGUGCUAGUGCCCAGAACCCAGCUUCUAAUAAAAACCCUGAUUUUCUAAAGUUGCCAUUUGGCAACCUAAAAUUGCAGAAUGGUAAAAAGGCAGACAAAAAAGUUUUUCUUCCCUGGAGGAAAAAAGAAAGAAGAAAAGAUGAAAAAGGAAGUUUACUUGCAGUAUGACCUAUCGGUGAUAAUUAUUUCAUGCAUAUCUUUGCCUUCUUUUAACUUCAGUGAGUGAACUCCUCGAGUAAUAAAUUGUAAUAGGCAAUUUGUUAGUAAAAUACAUGUGUAAAGAUUAAAUAAGUAAAUUAAUAAUAAUGAUAAUAAUAAUUAUAAUAAUAAUAAUAAUAUUAAUAAUAACAGGAUUAAAGAGAAAAAAAAAGAAUUGGCAUUGUAACCACAAAAGAUUAGUACUGUGAGUAUUGUUACAAUUGCUAGUAUUGCUGCGUCCCUCCACAGUUAUUAGCAUUAUUCUAAUUGUUCUUUUAUUGGAAGUUGUUGUUGUACGCUUGAUUGAUAAAGAAGGUUUGGAAAUGAAAAUCUAAAUAAUGAAAAUUACGAUAAAAAGUCAAAUUGUGAUAGUACAUUGUUUAUGUCUGCUAUAAUCCCAGCUUGCCAAACUGGAAACUAUGGUCGCAAAUUAGAUGCCAAAAUUGUUGUUGUCUUACCAUGGUGAGCAGAAUGAUUGCAGCUUGGAGCGCUGUCAUCCACAAUGUGACAUUAUGACACAGUGAUGAUACAAGUUUCCCUCUAUUGAAUUUUUGAUAGGGUUGGAUGCCCCACCAAGCAGCUGGGUGAUAAUGCCUCAUGAGAGAGGUUCUUCUUUGCUUGUGGCAAUCGAUCAUCUCCUUUACCUCACAGAAAAAAGUCAAUGUAACAGACAGGUUGGUUAACCCUUAACACCCUAACAUCAGUAUGCAUAUUCUCUAUACUGUUCUCUAUACAUUUCCUCAGGUGCUGACAAGGAGAAUUUGUUUAACAAUCAAGAGCUUUUUUAGUUGGUGAUCAUUUCCUUUAUUCUCAUGACCUUAAUGUGUGAUUCGGGGGUUAUAUUGUAAGGAGAAUUUAGAUGUUAGUCACUCUUAGGGGUCAAAGGGUUGAUAAAUGCACAUGUGCAUCCUUUUUUUGGAAACAAAGUUCUAGAACAGCCUUAGCUCCAUAUUCAUCACUGCAAGGAGGAAAAGAUAGGAGGACCCAAGUAAAUCACAUGGAGGCUUACUAGAAAUUCACCUCCUGCUCACUAGUAAUGAAAAAAAAAAAUGAAAAAUGUAUUUUCCAGGUAGGAAGGUGCCUGAAAAAUGCUGUCAGUGACUUCUGAUUGACUGCUAGAUUCUCCUUCCAGAUUGUCUUGUAUUUCCUUGUGGAACAGAGGGAGAAUUUGAUGUUGCCUCAAAAGUCACUCAGUGCUUCAUUUUUUUUCACUUAGAACUCCAUUGUCUUAGUUAGCCUGGAGAUAGUACAAAUUGUGAAAUCGCAUUCUUUGCGCACGUAUCUUGUGACCCUUAUCGAUAGUAAAGAUUCUUGCAAGGGCAAAGUGGAAAUGCUGGAUAACAUCUGAAGGACUGUAAACCCGCAGUUUGGUGGCGUGAGGUAAAAAGAAGCUCAGUGGUACGUAACACCUCAACCAACUCUGACCAGGAGAGUGCUUUCCAGGUAUCAGAAUUUCUCUGUUUUAAAAGAGCUAUCCGCCUUAAAUCCAACUAAGGCAACCGGUCCGGACGGAAUCCCCGGUUGGCUUCUUCUUAAAGAAUGCAGAUUUACUAGCACUGCCUGUGACUGAUAUCCUUAACUGUUCGUUUAAGGAAGCACGGUUGCCUCAGUCUUGGAAGGACGCUAACAUCACUCCAGUACCAAAGCAGAAUCCAAUACACGAUGUAAACAAACAUCUACGUCCAAUAUCCCUAACUCCCGUGCUUUCUAAGGUUGCUGAAGAUUUCGUCGUGGAGAGUUUCCUCAAGCCUGUUGUGUUGGCAAAUUGUGACCCUCUACCUACUACUGUCAGUUUAAUAUGUAAAUAAGAAAACAUUAGAUAUGCUAGGUAUAGAUUGUUAGCACAUUGACUUUACAUUUUUUGCCUCAAAGGUAUCUAAAUGGCAAAUGUAAUGGUAAAAAAUAAAAACAGAAAAUGAUUCAACAACUAGGAAAACUUUGAACAAAUAACAACAAACAUUUCACCCAAGUGGAAUUAGAGUGUAUUACCUUUUAGAAAUGGAACUAGGAAAAAGAAACACUUAUAAUACUCAAUGUAUGUUGUUUUUAUUGUUGUCAUCCAGACUGUUAAUUUCAAGGAAGGACCAGUAAAUUCCAUUACAGAGAUGGCAGUAUCUUAUAACUGUGAAUACCUGGCGAUGUUCACAGAUACUGGAUUGCUAUGGAUUGGAUCUGCAGAUUUGGAGGUUUUGUAUUUUUACUUGUUUGUGACUGAAUGAAUGAAUGACUUGGUGAUUGAUGGAUGGAUUAGUGGAUUGAUUGACUAAUAGAUUGAUGGACUGAUUGUGUAAUUGAUGGAUUGAUAAACUAAUUGACUGACUGAUCAAUUGAUUGAUUGAUUGAAAGAUUUAUUAAUGGACUAGUCAAGGGAGAGAUUGUCCAUAGUAGAUUUUUUAAUCACUCGUGCUAUUUUUAAUUGCCAUUUUUAAACUUUUUUUUAUCUCAGAGGGUUAACCUUUAAAAGUAUAUGUUAAAGGGGUGAUGUCAAGUCAUUUUGAAAUGUUUUUCUUGGCAUACAAAACUACCUUAAAGUUGGAGGUUAAAUGAUACUGAACUUACAUUUAGUUGCCAAGAUGGAAUAUAGAAAGCAAAGAAUGGAGAAAAUCAACUUGAAUCACAAAUUCUGAAACUGAAUCAUUUAAAGCAAGAUUCUUUUUUAAGAUUAACAAAGUCUGACAUACACUUUAGCUCUUUUCACCCAAAAACUUUAGGAGGUGAUCAAUGAAUUAACUUCUCAAUUCAAUUUCAAUACAUUAUACAGCAAUUAGGUGACAAGAAUACACACAUUUGAUGGCUGGAACUUCCCCUCUUGAUAUUACAGAUAAAGACAUUACACAAAACUCUUUUGAACUGUUUUAUCAGGAAAUGUAUAACAGCCAACAAAGAAAAUUGCUAUUUAGAUCUUGGGAUUUAAUUGUGAAGGUCUAGUCUCAAAAAUCACCCAAGGCUUGUAGACAGACUCCUUAACAAACUGUGUAUGUCCUUUCUGUUUGCAAUAGAAAGUCUACUGUGAGUACAACACUGAUUGUCCUUCAAGACCCAAACAGCUGGCAUGGUAGGCUGUCUGACAUAUUUUAGUUUCUAGCCUGGAUGGGAUGGGUAGAAUGUGGGAUGGGAAAUAGUUUAGAACUUUCAUGCAGUUGUGACUUCAUGGAGUUAACUACAUUGUAUUAGGGACAACUUUGAUUGGGUGAAAGAAAAUGUGUGAACCAUUUGUGGUAAGUGUAGAACAAAAUAUCCUCUACAGGGUUCGAAACUAACGGGUGUCCUAUUGCCCGGGGCAUGUAAAAUUUGGCUUGGGCAACUGAAAUCUUCAGGCCAGUUGCCCCAGUGGGCAACUGGCUUCCUCCAUGCAGGGCAACUGCUGGAACUUGGAAGUAAUAAUAAAAAUAAUAAUUUAAAUCACUUAGAAAUAAUAAAGAAAACAGAAAACAGAAAACCAAGAAAAGUUGUCUUUUUUGUAUGUAGCUAAACAGUAAAAGCACCUUGAUUUUCAACGCUCGUCAGGGAGUGAGAUCGCAAAUGCGUCACUCAUGUCAGCGGUACACUUCAUGAGAGGAUGCACAGAAAGAUCUUGAAUGCACAUGUGUUCAAAAUGGCGGGUAAAAUGUCAGUGGGCAACUACCUUUUAGAACAGGGCAAGUACAGUUUUUGGGGGGCAACUAAAAAUUAAAUGGCAGUUGCCCAAUGGGGCAAGUUACCUCAAAAGUUAAUGUCGAACCCUGCUCUAGGGAGAUGCGAACCCCUGAUAACCCUGAUUUGACAAUCAAUCUUACUAAUAACUGAGCAAUUUUUUUUUUGUUGGGGGGGAGGAGAGGAAGAUAACACUAGUUUUCAAUAGAUGAAUUAGCUUAUAGGAGUUGACAAAAUAUACUAUGAUACCCACCGGAUAGAGAUUUAUCCAGAAGCUAGCAUUAAGCACCCUUCAUGCAACUAUGGCCAAAUGUUGGUUACUCCAAGCCUGUUCCUGGCAUGUAGUUAUUAAAACAGAGCAAAAUGGUAAAUGGUGCAAUAGUAAUGGCAGAGUGAAAAAGCAAGGAAGGCUUGGGUUUUGUUGGGCUCUUUGCCUGGAACUGCCUAAUCCUCUGAUCCUCAGUUUUCUUACUUCACAGGUGUGCUAUGGGUGCAGUCAUCUGUUACUGGAAAGAUUUUUUAGAUGUGAUUGGACCAACAAAAGACACUGUUCGAUAUCCUUUAAUCAAAUGUUGUUUUAAGAGCACUUAGAGAUUCAACUCUCUCUUGGUCAAUAUCUGUAAAAAUGAUGUUGUUAACAGCUUCAGUCCCUCCAGAUGGAUGUGAUCAAAGCAAGAACUUUGAGAUUUUACUCUUUAGCUGUUUGAAAGGAUUAGUACGGUGUUCUUUUACUAAAUUCUUCCAAUGAUUUUUAUACCUUGUUAUACAGACGGGCAUUGAUACUUACAUUUAUUUCCAUGAUAAACCAUCAUUGGCACAUCAGUUAAGUCUCAGAUCCUGUGAGUUUAAGGGUUCAUUGGUUACUCAACUGGGUAUUUCUGUAAACAUUUAUAAGAAACUGUACAGCUUAUACAAAAUUUUAAAUCUGUUUAUUUAGAGUUAGAGUGCUUUUUGAUCAAAUAUUGUAAAAUCAAAACUUUCCGGUGAUCACAUCUAACCAGAACAGAGGUGAGCAUUUGCAAAGAACAAAGGAGACUUCAAAGUAAAUGUAAGUCAACAAUCUUAACCUUUAACUCCCAUGAGUGACCAAGACAGAAUUUCUCCUUACAAUAUCAAUACAAUAUCAACCAGAUAAAUGAUGAGAAUAAAGAAAAAUAUCAAUUUGAGGAUAAUUAGUUGAUCCAAUACUAAUUAGAAUUCUCUGAACUUACUUUAUUUUAUAGUUGACAGUAAGGAGAAUUACAAAUUUGGUCUGGGAGUUAAAAGGUUAAAUGCAGGAAAAUCUGGACGACCGUGUAAUUGGUUUUAGUCUCAAUUGUUAUACAUGUAUGGAAUGGUAAAAGUUCUUUUAGACAAAUUGCAGAGCGUAGUGAAGGGAAUCGAUGCAGUCUUGGGUUUCUUUUGUGACUUAGAAUUGAAGUUUGUUCAGUAGUUUUAUGAUGCAUUACCUUGACAAAUGCGACAUAUCAGAUGGACAGCGCAGUGCACUUGGUACAGGAAGUGGAUGGAGUGAGAAUUAUUGGCAAUGAAACUCAUGAACUGUUACAGAAAGUUCCUGGUAAGUCAUGCAAUGUACUUUGACAUGUUAAACUACCCUUUUGUGCAUUAAGUCUACUCGAGUUAACCCUUUAACUCCCAGGAGUGACCAAGACAGAAUUUCUCCUUACAUUAUCAAUACAAUAUCAAGCAGACAAGUGAUGAGAAUAAAGAAAAAUAUCAAUUAGGGGAUUAUAAAUUGAUCCAAUAUCAAAUUCUCCAUGCUAACAUCACAAGAACUGUAUGGCAGACAAUAAGGAGAAUUACUAAUGAGAUCUUGGGAGUGAAAGGGUUAAUAACGAUUUUUUUUUCCUCUACCCCCUUUGUAUUCUUUUGUAUUCUCGCGCGUGAUUUCACAAAUUAGUCAAUCGCAUAAAGAACUCGAACGUUGACUCUGGAAAACCGACGUGGACACUUUUCGCGUACUUUGUGGUUUGUUUUUUCACGGAGUUAAGCUGUUUUUGAGCUUUCGUUCGCACAAAUUUGUUGCCCCUUUGUGUGGAAUUUAAGAAGUUUUGGAGUUUUUAUUUUAGCCAAAUGUUGUGGUUCAUUAAACAAGUUUAAUACAUAUUUUCGACGGAGUUUGGGCUCAAGCCUCUUUUUUCGUAAAUGGGUUUCUUACAGGCACUGUGAGAAUAAAUUGUUUUUCCUUUAUUCCUUAUUUGUGAUCAUGACUCGGCCAGAUCUCGAACCCAGACCUCCCGACCGGGAGUUCAGAGCAGUAACUAUUCGGCACUGCGUCUCCCACAUAAAAUGAUACUUAAACCAAGCAAGAUUUAUACCACAUGACAGAUCGUUUCAUUGUACUUGCCUUUUACUUUGAAUGUACUUUUUUGUUACCCUUUUGGCUCUAAUAAUUACCCAACUGCAUUAAAAGGCCCUUGUUGUUUGAUACUUAUGUUAGGCUAGGCCAAUUGAUUCACCAGAGGGUUUGUGUUGCAAGGGUAGAACCAGAGCGAAUAGCAAACUCCUUGGCAAAAAUAAGGCAAACAAACCGAACUACCCUCACGCACCUAUUAACACUGCUUGGAGACCAAUGCGUCGUUUGAAUACUUGGCUAAAGAAUGCACUUACGGGAAGGAGGAGCAAGAUCAAAUAGGCAAGUCAGCAACAGAGAAUGCAAAGCAAAAGCAUAGUAUCCCCUGCCCUCUCCUCCCCUCUCCUUUUCCUUCAUUCACGCAAAGUGUAUGGAGCAUCUUCUUGAAAUAUUUAGUUCGGAAAAUAUGUAUACAACAUCAUAAGAAACUUCACCUUAGCAAUAUCACCGACUUUUAACUUUCACUUUUUUUCAUCUGUCGUCCUUUCAAUUGCCAGCGGCCGUGGAGCAAGUGUUCAAAAUUGGUUCAAUGGAACCUGGAGCCAUGUUGUAUGAUGCAUCUAAAGAAUUUGAGGCAAGUGAUUACAAAUUACAAGUUGAUCUCACUGUGCGACAUACUGUCAGUUUAUUUGUUGAGUUUUUGUUCGAUCGAUCUCAAUUUAUGGUUAAGAUUACGAGGUUCACUGAGCCACGUGCUAAAUGUGUGGGCGUGGACGGGUUGAACGCAUGAAUUCGAUUCCUCUUUGUUAAUGUCAGAGAAAGGAAAGAACGAAACAAGAGGAAAAAGUAUUCCCUGAUGAUUUGACUUAUUCCUGAAUAUUCAUUUUGUAAGCUCCUGAGAGAUGCUUUUGUGGUUUUACCGUGGAACUUUAUCAAACUUCAGUCUCGAAAGACAAGAGCUGUGUUUUCACAGCUCCCCAAACUUACAAACGUAUUAUAGUCCCAAUAUUCAAGUGUCAUCUCUCAAGAAACACUUUUUUAUGGCUGCAGAAAAAGAGUGCUAGAGCCGAGGAGUACAUUCGCAUGAUCAAGGAUCGCCUUCCAGAAGCUGUACAGCAGUGCAUCCACGCAGCUGCAGGAGAGUAUGAGCCUGCAGUACAAAGAGGUCUUUUGAGGGUAAAUAAACUCUUAAUUUUAUGUUUUGAUUGGAGUUAUUAUUAGUAGAGUUUGUAGCUCGUUGCUGACCAGUUCAAGUUUUAAAAUUUGUCUUGAGUGAUUCUUGAUACUUGUUAAACAAAAAUCUGAUAUUUGAAAAGAACGUAGGCAUAAUCUAUUACUCCGUGCUCAAUUGAUUUUCGGCGGAAAGGACAGAGAGUUUUUUUACACUCUCAACGCAGUCCUUAAGUAUUUUAAUUGACGCAUAAUGUAAUCAUUAAAAAAAUAGAGCUUUCAACAAUUGUCACAAGCUUGUUCCGUGUUUGCAGCCGGAUACUGUUUGUUCAACAAAGCUGCAGAAAUCUAUUUUGCGCGUGUGGUCCUAUUGAAAGCUUCAUUUGAUACAGGCCUUUUUGUCAUGAGAUAGCGUGAGAGAAUUGUUUAAUCUAGAGUUCGAUCGUCUUUGCUGUCUUUAUUGUUCACUAUUGUGAGCUACUUCCUUUUUGCCUUCCAGGCCGCGUCAUUUGGUAAAAGCUUCUUAACUGACACGUCUCCGCAGGCAUUCGUGACAAUGUGUAGAACUCUGAGAGUUUUAAAUGCUGUGCGGGACUACAUGGUCGGUGUGCCACUCACAUAUGGCCAGUAUCCUUUUAAAGGCUUUGAAGUGAUCAACAGUCAACUUCUUGCAGCAGUUUUAUUACGUUACCUAGCAAAAAAGUGUUGAUAAUUUAUCAAAGUAUCAGCGGAAGGAUUGGAACUUGACAUAACACAUUCCUGAUCCCAUCUUGGAAGUUAAAGGAUCAAGGAAUACAAUGUUAUGCUCAUGAUCCGAUUGAAUUCCUGUUAGAAAAUUUUCAGGAAAAGUUGAAGUUUGAUUUGGUUUCUACCUGGUCACUGUCGCAGAUUUAUCUGCGUUAAAAUCUAGAAAAUCUUGAAGGAAACUAAGGAACGCAAAAAAAUACGUACUGGAAAAUGUCUAAAAGACUAAGUAAAUUGCAUUUGGGUAAUCGUGGAAAAUGAUAGCUUCGCACGCAGACGUUUUUGGGCUUGCUAUGCAUAACAUGUUGGAGGAAUGCGUGACGUGUCUGUGCUCUCUUAUUCCACGUUAAGACCUUAACAGAGUCUGUAGACUGGAAAAGCUUAUAAUGAAAACCCUGAUCGACAGGUAAGAAUGCGGUUUCGCAUUUUAAACUUUUUUGAGUUCAUACCCUAAAAAAUCGGCUGUGACUUGAUCAUAUUGUUAGCGGACGUUUACGUAGCAUGAAGCUAUCAGAUUUUUAAAAUUCUUCUUUCCUUGAGGCCUUUGAAGAAGGAAAAAGUCCCGAUCAUUGCCUUCUAUUUCUUAAGUAUGGAAAUUAUUGGAAAGAGGAAACUACCCUACAUUUGUUUCCUGACGUAUUAAAAGUUCUUUGGUUAAUAAUCGUUUUUUUAAAUCAGUUUAUUGGCUUAAGUAUUUCAUUAGUUUAUCAUAAGGGAAUAUUACAUCAACUCAAUUAUCGGUCUUGAGAGUGUAUUAAGACGUGAACUUAAGUAAUAAAUUUACGUCUUAAUCAUGUGAGUUUUAUUUGGGUGAGAUUAUUUUACUCAUUUCUCUUCUUUUAGACUUGUUUUACGACGUCACUACUGUCUGGCCAUUCGGAUCUGCGAUUAUUUAAAGAUUCCUAAAGGGGAAGGAGCCAGUCGUAUUCUUGGACACUGGGCUUGUUAUAAAGUAUGCUUCUAAUUAAGAGGCGCUUGUAUUAAGGAAAUCAUGGUGCACACUGAUUUUUCGCUGUUCUUGAUUGAGAAUACAAAAAAUGACUUAACCCUUUAACUCCCGAAAUGUGUUUGUUAAUUCUACACUCUAGCUGCUACACAUUUCCUUGUAAGUUAGUUACGAUAAUUUGGUGUUUGAUCAAGAUAACAACUUCUACCUGAUAAGUUCAACUAUUCUUACCACCUAUUUGUUGAAUAGCGUUUGGAUAUCAUGCAGAGAAAUUACAUGUUAAUCACCCCUAGGAGCUAAAGAGUUAAACGUAAUGUUUCCUUAUUUGUGGUUCAAAAGGCAUUCUGUCGUAGACUAAGAAUGGGUUCUUAGGAUUGUUUUCUUUGUAUGAAGUGUACACAGUUGCUCCACAGUUUGUUAUGAUUAUUACGUUCACUACGUUUUUAACUUUCCUUCUCUCUUUAAGUUCCACAAAUCUUGACGUCUAGCAUUACAUUCCAAUCAAUCAAAGUAUACCAUCUGAAUUCACUUGGUCAGAGAAACUGAAAAGUAGGCCUAUUUCAAAUCACAAAGAAAAAUUCAUUUGUAAAAGUAACGAUUUAUCAGUUACUUUCCUGGAAAUUUCCUAGCAAUACCUAAUCAAUCAUUUCUCGCCUUUCCCAAGAUACUUACCGUGCAAAUGGUUAGAAUUUUCAAUGUUACCACCUCUUCAACCAAAUCGUUUCAGUUUUUAUGAUUAAAUGGUCUGUUGUUAUUAACUAAUUGAUAAGACUCCUAUCAUCUUCCGUCAGGUUCAACAAGCAAAUGUUGAUGACGAGGAGAUAGCUCGAGCCAUCAAUUCCAAACUCGGAGAGACCCCUGGGAUAUCCUACUCGGAGAUCGCGUCCAAAGCAGUGGACUGUGGGAGAACCCAUCUUGCUAUCAAGGUUGGUCCUGCUGUUUUAACAAAAUGAUCAAGAAAGAUUUUCUCCUCACACGCAAGAUGGAAAAGUCUUGGGGUCUAAAACGCAUGUAGUGUCUAUUCGCUUUUUGUGCCCUUUCUUAGUGAUUUCCAUGUUCAGUUUUAUUUAUGUGUAAAGUCGAAGGAAACAUCGCUGAGCUUUUUCUUAACGAAGACGAAUUAAAUUUGUCAAUAAUGAUUUCCAAAACGAUGCCACCAAUGAAACUCCCCAACUUGGAGCGAUACUAGUGAAACUCACUGAAUGAGAACAAUGUGACGAGAUGCAAUUCCAAAGGAAAGGUUAUAGAGUAGUUGCUUCACAUGGUCUCAGGUUUUAAGGAUCUUACAGUAUAUCUCUUUUUCUAACAGCUGCUGGACUAUGAAGCAAAGGCUGCUGAUCAAGUCCCACUGCUCAUGCGUAUGAACAAAGAUGACUUAGCGCUUGAUAAAGCGGUCAUGAGUGGUGACACAGACUUAGGUAAGCAAUGAGCAUGCACACUGGUAUCAGUAGAUAGCCCUUAGGAGUUAAAAGCAACUGGUUUACUGCGAUAAAACAAUGUCAGUAAUACUCACUUCCGUUCCCACAACUGAGAAAGUUUAUUUUGUCAAACCUGCGAUUAAAUUAUUACUUUAAAGUGAUUCGUACCCUGAGGAUAAAGAACUUUGAUUGAUGUCACCUUUGAUUUAAAUUUGCUGCUAUUGGAAACAAGACUCUGUAAGAUUCUUAACGAAGGUUUUCUUGACAAGAAUGUAUAGUUUUAAACCCUGUGACCCCACAGAGUGACUAGUAUCUAAUUUCUCCUUACAUAAUCACCCCUGAAUCACACAUAAAGGUCUGAGAAUUAAGGAAAUGAUCACCUGCCAAAGAGGGUUUUAAUUUUAAAACAAGUUCUCCUUGUCAACACCCUGUAAAUGGUACGGAGAACAGUAUGGAGAAUAUGCAUACUGAUAUUAGCGAGUAAAAGGUUAAGCAAACUCCUUAAUUGGAUAUCUUAGCCGUUUUGUUUCCAUCUAACCGCAAGUCCUGUCGCAAAUCCGGUGAUUUAAGUGUCUUUUUAAAGCCAAUUUAACUUAAAGGGAAACUUGUUAAUGACUUUUUUGUGAUGAGCUAUGCGUGACAUUUGGAGGAUGUAAACAUGACGUAUAUUUUCAGUGUACAUGGUUGUGAUGCAUUUAAAGGACAAUUUGACUUUGGGAGAGUUCCUGAUGGCCAUACGUCACAGGCGUGUAGCCCUCAGCCUCUACAUCAAGGUGAGGGUUUUAAAAAUUGUGGAUCAAUUGCAUGAUAGCACAGCGAGGUGGUCCAAGUGGUUUUUGUAGCUUGGACAUGUUCAAUUUUAGCAGGUGUUUCCAAGGGCGUUAACAUCAAGUUUCAAAUUAUUUUCUCAUUGGCUUUAACUGAGAAAUAUCUCGUGAAUUUACCCAAAGCUUCUGAAAUUAAAAUAUGUUGUAUGCAUUGUUAAUCAAAUAGAAUUAAGUUUGUUAAAUUAUUUUUACUUGACUGUGAGUGUCUAGUUUAGGCUGCGAUUCAGCUGUUGGGCAUGCAUGAUCAGAGCCUUGUUUAUAGAAUGCCUGAAUACGUGAAAUACACCUGCAAACCUAUUCUUGACGAACUGUUCCGCAGUGCAUGUACACAUUGCGCACCUCUUGCCCUUAUGCCUUGCGUGCCAUAUGUACGCCUUGUGAGCCGAUUUUUUACUUUCGUUAUCCGGUCGUCAAGAAGGUGAGAAACCCAGGAUGCAUAAACGCUUUUCUUCACUGAAAAUUGAUACAUGCAGCUUUUUGAAGACUUGUGAUAUGCUGACCGUUAUCAUCAAGACGACAGGAAAAGAAAUACUACUGUUCCAGAAAUGUUUCUUGGAGUAUAGAUAUCGAGCGUACAUGUAAGCUUUGCAACUUUAUAUCUAUUUCUGUGAACCCAUAAGUUCUAAUCGUGUUGAUAUGUACGAUUCGCGGACUUUUUUUCACUUGCAGUAUUGUAAAGAACAAGACCGCCGCACACUCGUGGACUUGUUUUACCAGGACGAUCAGUUUCUGAACAGUGGCAACGCGUUUGUUCAAGACAGCUACAGCGAAAAGGUAACGUCAGGAUUUGAAAUUGGAUACGUAAGAUGCAUGCCUAAUUAUAAGGACUGAAAUGCGACGGGUUUUAGAGCAAGUUAAAGACUGGAACUUCCAUCGUAGCGCGAUGAGAUUGCAAAAGUUCCGUUCGUCGGAAGCUUGCACCGCGGAAAAAUAAAUUUGUUCAUGCAAAACGACAUUUAACCUAUUAGAGACUACGAAAAAUCAAUGUAAAGAGUGAGAGACCCGUCAUUAUUUAUCGCCGAGGGUUGAAGGAUUUUGCUUGUGUUACGAUAAUCAUUUACCGGAUCUCCCCAUAAGGCUCUCUAAGAUUCUUAUGAUACCCUCUCAUUUAUCAGUAAAUUGUCAUCAACUUUCUAUAGUCCUCUUUUAUACUCUGCCAGAGACGACUGAUCCCUCCUCGCUCCGUUCCCCCCCUUCCCCCUCCCUCACGGGGAAGGUUGAAACAUAUUACGAAUGACGUGCAAGAUGCACAAAAUGUAGUUCCAUUGAAUAAAAAUAAUAAUGAUAAGCCAUGGUUAUUGGUAACACUCUGUGGAAAUACGGACCAUCGAAAAUUAUAGCGAAGAUUUCAUUCCCCUUUCCUUUAGACGCUGGAAGCCAAGAAUAAAACGUUGUCGAAGGCGCAGAUGUCUUACCAGCAAGGGAACUUUACGUUUUAUGCAAAGGUAAGUGUUGAUUAUCUCGCGCCGUUAUAUCAAAGUCAAUGUCUGGAAUUCAAUAAUUCCUCGUGGGGAACUAAAGCCGUUUUUUCCAGUUUGUCACCUUCGCGAAAAAAAUGUCUAAAUAUUUCUCUCCAGAGGUGAACAGUUUUUGAUAUUGUUGUAGCUGUUGUCAAAGGAAAUAUUUCAAUGCCCUGGUCAGUGCUUGAACCAUGGAUAGAAGCAAACAAAUUCACUCAUUGAUAUGCGUCUUUUUUGUUUUUUUGAUUUGGAUUCAUUCUCAGUUUAUUUAUUUCCUUACGUGAUGACAUUUGGUCACGUUAUAAGAAUUUUUUUAUAAUAGUCUCCCUAAGUGGAGUGCAAAAUAAACUUGUGGAGUGUUUUGCAAUCAUUUCGAGGUUUUUGGUCUCAUGUAGGCAACAGAAGAACACAUAAAACUCAUGGAAUAUCAAGAUAAACUGGAGGAAAAGUACAGAAAGAAGUUCAUGGAUAUGUCUUUAAGUGAUACCAUUUACCAGGUAUGAAUUCAUGUAGCAUCCAGACUUUAACUCCUAAGAAUGACUUACUUUAAACUUCCCCUUGCGAUCCAAAUAUGUUGCCUUGCAAACGGGUUGUAAGAAUACACAAGGCUAUCAGCUCGAGGCUGUUGCCUUCCUGUAUCACCAAAUACUUCUCCCUAAUUUGCAAGGAAAUGUUCGGCAGUCACUAGGGAGAAUUACUAAUUAGAUCCUAGUUGUUAAAGGUUCAAAAUUGUGUGAUUAGAUGUGAUUAUGGGUUCAACCCCUGUUUGGUAGGAAAUGAGAGGCGUUUAUAUUGAUAGAAGCUCUUCAGAAACAAGGUUACCGCUUUUACAGUGUUGGAAUGACUGAGAGAAAAUCGUUUUUUGUUUUUCGUUGAAUAAUAAUUAAUUCAUAGACAGUCUGAACCACCGAAAUAUCGACAACGUUUUCUUGAGAAUACGUUUUUUCGUUGCAGUGUGUACUUCUCGGAGACUUAAAGGCAGCCGAACAAUUGAAGAAAGAGUUUAAAGUUCCAGACAAAAGGUUUGUUGCAGAACUGUUCUCUUCGAAUACAUAGUGUGAAGCGAGCGCGAGGAAAGUGCGCGACGAGCGUGAGGAAAGCAUGAAGGGUAAGUCAUUCGCGAGAUGAGGAGUGCUCCUCCGCUCGCGCGUGUUUCGCCCCCCGCGCUGUCCUUGGGUUCGCCUUGCGCCUACCCCGCCCAUUGCCUGCCCUCGCCUCGCGCCUCGGAGCGUCCGGAGUAUUAAUCGGAAGGUCGUAGGUUCGACUCCUACAGGAAGCACUCGGAAUUCUUUUUCUCCGAGUGUGCUUAUGUCAUUCUCCGAGGAACAUCUUCGUUCCCUUUUCUCUUCCCUUUAAUCGCUGAAAUCAGAGUUUAUUUUCUUGCUUGAUUUAUAUUCUUGUGAUUCUAAAGCAGUCCUACCCAAAUUGCACCGAACAUUCAAUUAACUUAAUGAUAGUUUUAUUAGCCUUCUAUACUUUUUUAUUGCACAGGUUCUACUGGCUGAAAGUUAGGGCACUUGCUGAAAGUAAAAGUUGGUUGGAACUAGACAGGUUUUCAAAAGCGAGAAAAUCUCCUAUAGGAUAUGAGGUGAGGUUUUGCGUUUUUGAAGUAAGUUUUCAUAACUUGCUCUCAAACUGUGUUUCAUUCCUCCUCGAUCCUGUCGCUCUUAAAGCAAACUGUUGUUACUUGAGUAAAUCAUCUUGUUGUGAACCCUUACAUUCAGUUCUUGGUAUUGCCCAUGUUUUAGUUGUGUUGUGCUGAAAACUCUCUUGUUGGUGUUGUUUUUAGUGUAAGGUCAGAAUUAGUCUUUGAGAAGUAGUUUUCAACGCCUUUUCUCUAAGGGUGUUGUUUAUUAUUAUAAUUUAUUGAAGUUGUUACCAAAAUACUCAGUUGUGGAGAAAGGCAACAUUUCUGUGAUUUUAAACGUUUUUCUUCCUUCAUACAGCCAUUUUUCGAUGCUUGCCUUGAAUUCGACAGCAAAAUCGAGGCAGAAAAAUACGUCCCUCGGGUUCUGCCAGAGAACAAAGUGGCCUGCUUUGUCAAACUUGGGUAUGAAAACCUUUCUUAUAUUUCAUUUCCCUUCUCCAGAAACCUUAUGAAUUUCAUCGCGUCAUCAAAAAAGAACACACAAAAAUUUACUUUUAAACGCAUUAUGGAAUCCAAAGAGAGACCAAACCAUACGAAACUGUCUAAAAGUGUGCAAGAAACUCGAAGAUGAAUGCCUUCGUUUUGGAAACAGCUUAGCAACAUCGUAGUCCUAUUGGCAGUCUUUGUUUGGUUCUGUAGGAAACUUGCAAUCUCGCUAUCCCUACAAAAAAAUAUAUGAGUCAAGAAUGUCUCUUCUGUAGCUCCCAAAUGUGCGAACAGAUCACUAAGAGAUAGAGAACCCAGUAACACUAUGGUGAACUGUAAUCAUAGCAUAAGCCGACCUUUUUUUCAGGUUAUUCUUCAAUCUUCACAUUUGAUUUCAUUCUACUUGUUUUUGAAAGAUGAAAUUCAUUUUGAAUUUUUCUUUUGCGCACGAAAAAGCUUAGAGAUGUUUCUAGCAUAUACAGGAAGGAAUAACUGACAAUUUGGGAAGGUCCUUUGAAACUAGUUUGAAUUUUCGCGACCCCUUUCGAAGAAAAAUUAAGUCACAUGGACAAAGGUCGUAACUAAAAUUAUCUUUCGGAUAUUUGUCUCAAACUAUGAUGGUCAGUCUCAAGACAAACUGAAAUUUUAUAAACCCUUCUUAAGUUACUGGUUUUAUUUCUGUUCGCAGGAAAUUCGAAGAUGCGGCAGAAACGGCUUUUUCUCAGAAGAGCGAGGAGGGUCUGGAUCUAGUUCUUGGAAAAUGCGCAUCAUCAAAUCGAACGCUACCCAGUCGUAUUCAGGAAAUGAAGGCUCAUUUACGCCAGAGGCGAUAACUUUUUAUAGGGCGCAAGAAAAUGACCGAAUAUUUAAUUUUAGAAAGUUUUCAAUAAAAUGAAGCGAAAAAAUUAAAAAUAUUUAGGAAAAUUAGAUGUAAGACACAAAGGGCCGGUUAUUUCCACGAGAUCUGUUCGAAACCGCGGUUUUACGCAAUCAGUGGGCCUCACAAGGUCUACAUAAGAGGGUUGUUUUCAUCAAAUAAUUGUGCUUUCACUGCUAGCUUUCAGCCCCAUGGACUCUGUUAACAAAAAUUUAAUGUUCAGAUGAAAGAUUAAGCUAAAUUCAAGAUAGUUUAGUGCGUGGUUUUGUUAAACGACCCCGGACUAAACUUUGUUUAAAUAACCGGCCCAAAGUGAUAGCAAGGUGAAGUCGCGUCACUCAGUCAGAUUGACUUGCGCUUUCUGAUUGGUCGACGGACAACUCAUAUCUUAAUUAUCACAUUUAAUGCAUUUAAUACUGAAAACUGCAUUUUUUUCCAAAUUACCGCCGUGGUAUUUUUGUCUCUGUAGUAGUUGGUUUGAUAAUCACU